AUGGUCCUCUGCGAAUCCGCUUGGCCAGCUCGCGUGGCCGCCGAAGUCCUCAACGACAUUGCUCGAAUCACAAAUUCCACCGAUAAUACCAUCGCCAUUAUACGCCUGGAUUUACCCAUGGCGCAAAGGGUCGUCGACGAGUUGGCCGGGUGCUUACCGCAGUUUGUCGUCAGCGUGGAUAGAAGAUCUCUCUCGUUACUCCCGCUCCAUACAACAGAACAUGUCGCCCUACUGUCGGAGCGAUAUGAGAAAUUGAGAGCAACCGAUGGCCGACGCGAGCACGAGUUUACCGCGGAUAAUUUUAAUUUUCGCGUGGAACCGCCGACUGUUUUGGACACAUACAACUUUGACUUCCACCCAUCGGCCCUGUGUUUGGACGUGAAAGCGAUGCGCGUGACGGAAUAUUUCAGCUUGGCCGAUGAGAGCAGUCCCACGGCCGAUUUCCGGCUUGGCAGCAACGAGCGAACGGCGUACGCCAGGGACAACCCCGGGGCCACUUUUUAUGUUACUGGGGCGCGUCCAAGAAUCGGGGUACUCGAUGACGAUCAGCUAUUUUGGAACGAAACGGAGCAUUCGUUAUAUGGACGGGUCCCGACCGGCGAGCUGUCGAAGCUUCUGAUCCGCCAUAUUUCAACGCAAAAAGUGGCCCUGAUCAAGCCGCUUUAUGACUACGUGGAAGAUCCGGCGGCCGUGGCACGACGCAAACAAAUCGAUCAGCUGAUCUCCAGAUUGGAUACGACUUUUCCAUUUUUGACGGCU